CGUGAUUGCAGAUUGAAUUUGGUCUUCCUUCCGAAGAGCACUUCCUCCAGAGCUCGGUUGCGGCAGUUUUCUCUUUGUUGGGUUUUUGGUGUUUGUUGGUGCUUCUCUAUUGGUGGCUCUGGUUUGUGACCACUUUCCUUCGGUUCUAUGGCACUGAAGGUUGGAGCCGUGUUAGGAGGGGUUGGAGGUAGACGAGUGUUUGAUAGAGAGGGGUGUGUUUCCUUGGUGAGGGAGUUGAGGCAGAGCUUCAUCAGCGGCAGGACCAAGAGCUAUGAAUGGAGAGCUCACCAGCUGAAGAUGGUCAUAAAGUUUCUGCAAGAAAAGGAGCCAGCGAUUCUUGAGGCCCUCCACCAAGAUCUCUGCAAGCCCAGUUUCGAAACUUAUAUCGCCGAGAUAUCUUUGCUGAAAUCAUCAUGUGAAUUUCUUCUCAAACAUUUGAAGAAAUGGAUGAAACCAGAAAAGGCUUCAGUAUCGUUUGUAGCACAACCUGCAAGAGCAGAAAUUGUUCCAGAACCACUGGGAAUUAUUUUGGUUAUCUCUGCAUGGAAUUACCCUCUACUGUUAUCAUUGAAUCCUGUGGUUGGAGCCAUUGCAGCGGGUAAUGCUGUAGUUCUAAAACCAUCUGAGAUUUCACCUGCUACUUCCUCACUGCUUGCAUCACUGGUAUUGGAAUAUUUGGAUACUUCUGCUAUAAAAGUUGUUGAAGGGGCUGUGGAUGAAACAACUGCACUGCUGGAGCAGAAGUGGGAUAAAAUUUUCUACACAGGCAGUGGCAAAGUUGGACGCAUAGUAAUGACUGCUGCUGCAAAACAUCUUACGCCUGUUACCUUGGAGCUUGGAGGGAAAUGUCCUGUUGUUGUUGACUCAAACACUGAUCUAAAAAUUACCACAAAAAGGAUUGCUGGGGGCAAGUGGGGUAGCAACAACGGUCAAGCUUGCAUAGCUCCAGAUUAUGUUAUAACAACGAGGUCGUUUGCUCCAAAACUGGUCGAAUCUUUUAAACGUACAUUGGCAUCAUUCUAUGGGAAUGAUCCGCUUGAAUCAAAUGAUUUAUCUCGCAUAGUCGGUCUCAACCACUUUACACGGUUGUUAAAGUUAUUAGAUGAGGAAAAAGCUUCUAGUAAGAUAGUUCAUGGAGGUGAACGGGAUGAAAAGCGCCUAAGGAUUGCACCAACUAUCUUGCUGGAUGUUCCAGCAGAUUCAUUGGUGAUGAAUGAGGAGAUAUUUGGGCCAUUGCUUCCCAUUGUCACAGUAGAGAAAAUUGAAGACAGCUUUGACGUAAUAAACUCACAGCCAAAGCCACUUGCUGCUUACCUCUUCACGAAGGAUAAGAGAAUUGAAAAGAUGUUUGUGGAGCAAAUCUCUGCUGGAGCCAUUGUUGUCAAUGACACCGUCCUUCAUCUUGCAAAUCCGUCAUUACCUUUCGGUGGGGUCGGUGACAGCGGAAUAGGUGCUUACAAUGGUAAAUAUUCAUUUGAAGCCUUCAGUCACAUGAAGCCAGUUCUGUACCGGGGCUUUGUUGGAGAACUUUCUGCAAGGUAUCCUCCUUACAGUUCCCAAAAGCUGAAGCUGUUAAGGUCUCUUCUUACUGGCGACAUUGUUGGUUUGAUUCUGUCCCUUAUCGGAUGGCACUCCAAAACUGAGUGAGAAGCCCUUCCAGCAGCUCUAUAAUUCUACACCGUCAUGCUGCUUGCAUGGCUUUCAUUAUUUGUAUGACAAAAAUUGAAGGGACGUGCCAGUUCCUUUCAAUUUCUUUUCUUAUUCUUAAUGCAUAGUAAAUAUCUCGCCGGUCUCUGUCUUUGAUGUAUAUGGCUCUUAUACAAGUCACUAUCAUUAUCAUCUUCAUCAUCAUCAUCAAGCAUUAUCCUAAUUACCUUCAA